UGGAGCUUGCGCGCUGCCGCGUCCCCUCCCUGUGUCCCGGACGUCUAGGACAUGCUGCCUGAUUGCCUGUCCGCGGAGGACGAGCAGCGCUGUCGGCAGCUGCUAGCACGAACCACUGCCCGGCUGCGCUCGCGGCCCGCAGCAGCCGCGGUGCUCGUGCCGCUGUGCCUGGUGCGCGGGGUCCCGGCGCUGCUCUACACUCUGCGCUCCAGUCGCCUGGUUGGGAGGCACAAAGGGGAAGUCAGUUUCCCAGGCGGUAAGUGUGAUCCCGACGACCAAGAUAUAAUACAUACGGCUCUUCGGGAGACUCAGGAGGAGCUGGGCCUAGAGGUGUCCAAGGAGCACGUGUGGGGUGUCCUGCAGCCAGUGUAUGACCGGGGAAAGGCAACCAUAGUCCCGGUGCUUGCCAACGUGGGCCCACUGGAUCUGCAGAGCCUUAGGCCCAACCCUGAGGAGGUGGAUGAAGUAUUUGAGCUGCCUCUGGCCCACUUGCUACAGACACAGAACCAGGGGUAUACCCACUUCUGCCAGGGUGGCCAAUUCCGCUACACAUUGCCUGUCUUCUUGCAUGGUCCACACCGCGUCUGGGGCCUCACAGCUGUCAUCACUGGGUUCACCCUGGAGCUGCUGGCCCCUGGCAUCUACCAGCCCUCCCUUGCUGUCCCCGAGCUGCCUAGGGGUUGAGACCUGCCUGGCCUUUAAGUGCCUCUGCCUUCAUUUGGCCAGGCUACUCCAGAACUGAUUAAAAAAGGUAUUUGACAACU